UUAAAAGAUUCUAGUGAAAUAAAUAGCAAGUCGAUCAAGAUGUUUAAAUUAUUAAUAAUUUCUAUCGCUGUUUAUAUAUUUAUUAGUCAGCCGAAUUCGACGUUGCAGGAAAAUUUUUUUCUCAAACCUCCGAAAAUAAAAGUUUACAGUAACUUUGACGAAUUUCGGCAUAUGAAUCGGAGUUUGCUGGAAUUGUUAUUGAACGCGACAGUAAAUCAUCAAAAGUAUUUAUCAAAUUCAGUGGAUCAAGCUUUGGUUGAAAAAUAUAAAAAUUUUCAUACAAUGUUAGAGCAAAAUUUGAAUUUGAAAAAACAAGUAUCGUCGUCUAGUUUCGAUUCAUUGAAUGUCUUUGAAGAUUGA